AUGCCAAAUACAAACAACGACAGCGAUAUACCUGAAAGAAUAGCAGCUGCAAGGAGAGAAGCAGAGGCACUGAAAGAGCGUAUCAAACAACGUAAAGAAGCACUGGCUGACACAACUUUGCAAGAAAUGGCCAAAGAUAUUGAGCCAUUACCACGUAUUGUCAUGAAAGCCAGACGCACACUGAAAGGCCAUUUGGCCAAGAUUUAUUCGAUGCAUUGGGCCUCUGACAAGAGACAUCUGGUAUCAGCAUCGCAAGACGGUAAGCUCAUUGUAUGGGACGCCUAUUCAACAAACAAAGUGCAUGCCAUUCCGCUUCGAUCAUCUUGGGUCAUGACUUGCGCCUAUGCACCGUCUGGUAAUUUUGUUGCUUGUGGUGGUUUGGAUAACAUUUGUUCGAUUUACAAUCUUCGCACACGCGAUGGCCCUGUGCGUCCUGCUCGUGAACUAUCGGCGCACAAUGGUUACCUUAGCUGCUGUCGGUUCAUCAAUGACCGCCAAAUCUUGACAGCGUCUGGUGACAUGACCUGUAUGCUGUGGGAUAUCGAUGCGGGUGUCAAGACGGAAGAGUUUGCGGAUCAUACAGGCGAUGUGAUGAGUCUGUCAUUAGGCACAAAUCCCAAUGUGUUUGUCACUGGUGCUUGUGAUUCCACAGCCAAAGUGUGGGAUAUUCGCACAAAGAGAUGUGUACAGACAUUUGUGGGUCAUGAAUCCGAUAUCAACGCCGUUCAGUUCUUUCCCGAUAGCAACUCAUUUGCAACAGGCUCUGAUGAUGCUACUUGCCGCUUGUUUGAUCUGCGUGCCGAUUGUGAAUUGAGUGUUUACUCACAUGAGUCCAUCUUGUGUGGUAUCACAUCGAUUGGGUUCUCUCCUUCAGGCCGUUUAUUGUUUGGCGGCUAUGAUGAUUACAAUUGCAAUGUCUGGGAUACACUCAAGUGUGAACGCGUGGGUGUAUUGUCUGCUCACGACAAUAGAGUCUCUUGCUUGGGCGUCGCUGGAGACGGUAUGGCCUUGUGUACAGGUAGUUGGGACUCUACUCUCAAGGUCUGGGCCUAA